UGGGUCACCGUCUUGACGUUGCUCAGCUGAUCCAUACGCCAUCAUGUUUUCUUUUUAACAACAUUUGUAUUACGUAUGUAUAUACGUGGACGAUUAAAUGAAAAAUGGUUGAUUCGGGUCCACAAAGUUAUGCAAAUAUUUCAACUUUUUCGUAUUCACGGAAAUCCAGUUGCAAAAGUAUAAAGUCUGAAGACGUACAAGCUAUAAAAUGUGCUGGUCGAACUCAAGGCGAUGGAAUGGAAAAUGCUACGUCCGACAAGGUAGAAUCAAAAACAUGCAAAGUUCGAUUAGGGGAUACCUUAAUUUAUCAUCCUACAAACUUUAAGAAGCACAAUUCAAAACCUCCCGUUACUCCCAGUGGUACAGUAGUCAACCUUAUACCACAAAGCACAACUCAUACGAAAAAGGAAAAGUACAUCCUUAGUUCGCUAAAAUCAAAGGAACCAAAAUUUGUGCCAUAUGAACCUUACAAAGCAGCUGUUAAUCCUAUUAUUCCAUGUCAAAAGAAACAUAAGAAAGCGUUGAAGCACAGUGUCGAUAUAAACGCAAUGGUGUCACAAUUCGCAGUUCUGAAGACUGAUGAUAUAGUCAAUGAUGUAGAGUGUGACAUAAAGAGCGACAUUUAUCAGGAAGACAAUAACAAUGGCAACAAAGUGUAUGAGGCCGAAAUUCAAAAGUUAAAAGAAGAGAAUAGUCAGUUGGAGAAUCAGCUGAAAUUCCAAGCUCAGGUAAAUGCGGAAUUAAAAAAUUUGUUAGUGGCUGCAGUAGGAGAAGACCUCCAAACUAGAGUGCAUUUAUUAACUGAGGAUAAACUGCAACUUGCUCGAGCUCUUUUAAAUUCAGCAAAGAAUCUUAGUACUCAUCAGGAGCAAACUGAGUGGCUAGCUGGACAGUGCGAAGUUUGGAGGAGUAAAUUUUUAGCUAGCAGCUUAAUGGUGGAAGAACUUGCAAGGUGGAAAGCAGCUUUGUGCCAGAGGACGACUGAUCUUCAGGAAUCAAUAAAAAGACUAUUAGAAGAACGUGACAAAAUCAGAGACACAUCACUAAGAACGUACAGAACACUCAGCAUUCUGAGAGAAAAUUUCGCUCCUAUCGGUGCAUCAUCAUCCAAGCGACAUGAACUAGCAAGUAUGAAUAUUAUAGACUUGGCUGAAGGUUGUUGUCAGAUUUCCGAAUUAUUGAAGGUUCAGCUUCUCAGUGGUAUGGAUCAAAUCAGUCUUCGCAAAGAAAUUGAUGUCACUGGUUUAGAAAUGAAAACGAUAGCAGAGAAAAAUGCUGAGCAGCUACUUAUGAGUCCAAACUUGUUAAUGUCUGGAAGGCAGGACGCUGCAUGCAGUGCAGUGAUGGGAGCCGCUGUUGCUUUGGGUGGACAGAUGUUUCUUCCACAUAGUUCUACUCCUACUAAUAUAGCUUGCUGCUCUCACUGCAGUGGAGAAGUGAAACAAGUAUAGAAAAUUUACAGAAUAAAUAAAGCUAAUUCCAUAGUAUGACAAUAUCAUAAUUGUAAAUGCUAAAGAUUUAUUAUUCUACCGACACUUUUCGGUCAAUAAUAGCCAAAAGUAUUAGACUGGUAACUUCCAGUAGAAAAAUAUAAUAUAUAAAUGGCAUGGGGAAUAAUAGUUUAUAUAAAAGCUGUAAAAAGGAUAUGUGAAAAGAUUAAAAUAUUUUGUACCUAUUUUUAUUGACUAAAUAAAAAGUGUUAUAAUUGUGAA